AUGAAUGCAUCGAAUGCUUCAAUUGCUACCAUGAGGGCUACUACGUAUGGCCCCUCAGAACAGGAGGACAGGAAACGAUCUUCUCUGGAAGAACAUCAUUACGAAUCUUCCAGCAACUUCAAAGAUAUCAAAAAUGUUGGCAGUACUUUCCAAGGCUACAGCAGUGACUUGUUGGGUGUGGGGACGUGGGUCCCCACCCAACAGAAUCCAGGCACCGCUGCUUCUCCUGAAGAAGCCCGGAAAGGUGUGCCACAACACCCAUGUACCCACCAUCAAGCAAUACAUGCGGUAUGUCUCGGAUCGAGCGACGACCACCGUGCCAUUAUCAGCCUCCUAGACGACCCUUACGCCACGGGCUCGACUGAUCAUGCUGACAGGAUGUUGGCUGGUCCAUCUUCUGCCGCGGCGUGCACGUGCGUUACAGACAUUCAGGCAGACAUCGAUGGGGCGCAAGUGACCGCAGUGACGACGAACGGUGCCAAACCGAACGGAAGGCAGACUCACGGCAUCAAAUAG